AUGUUCAAGGGUAAGCGCGCAUUGGUGACGGGCGGAAGUCGAGGAAUCGGUCGUGACAUAGUGCGCAAACUCAGCAAAGAAGGCGCCGAUGUCAUCGUCCUAGCAAGGGAUCCGUCAAAUCUCGAGAAAAUUAAAACCGAAUUACCAAAUGUUCAAACAAUACAGGCAGACCUUGCGGACUGGGAUGCUACAAGAAGUGCUCUGAGUGGAUUGGAUCCAGUUGACUUUCUAGUUAACAACGCCGCAAGUGGGGGCUUUGCUACCGUCGAGUCAGUCUCUAAGGAACUAUUGGAUGAUUUGAUGGAAGUCAACGUUAAAAGCGUGGUGAAUGUUACCCAGACAUUGCUUGAAGGUAUGAAAUCGAGAGGGAAAGGAGCAGCCAUUGUGAACGUUUCUAGUCUCGCAAGUCAACGAGUCUUUCCUAUGAUUGCCAUAUAUGGAAGCACGAAGGUCGCCGUCGAUUUUCUCACUAAUUGUAUGGCCGUAGAGUUUAGCCCCUACAACAUCAGAGUCAAUGCAGUAAACCCUGGUAUCGUAUAUACGGAAAUGGGAAAAGGCUGGGAUCCGAAAGCUGCUAACAGGCUCCUGGAAAUGGUUCCUGAAGGAAAGUGGCCUACCUCUGAAGAAGUAGCGGAUACAGUCGUUUUCCUCCUCAGUGAUAAAGCUGUGAAUAUUAAUGGGACUUGUCUACGGCUAGACGGCGGAUUAGGACAUGCUGGUUUCAGCGUAUGA